AUUGCCCCUUAAACCUAAAACCCUUUCCCCCAAAAUCAAGCCUCCCCUAAACCUUUCUUCCCCAUCGUUCCAAGAAAUUUGCAGACACUCCCAAGAUGAGCUUGGUUGCCGGCUCGUACGAGCGCUUCAUUUGGGGCUACAAGCUGAAAUCCCGAAAAGUCCCCUCAUACCUCUCCCUGACCCCUCUCUUCUCCUUCCCCUCCCACCUCUCCACCAUCAAAGCCGUCGCCGUCUCGGGGUCCGCCGCCGUCUCCGGCGGAAACGACGACACCAUUAAAAUCUACGAUCUAUCUUCCUCCACCGAGAUCGGGUCCCUCCAGCACUCCUCCUCCGUCACCUCCCUCUCCUUCUACUCGCCGCCCUCCCUCUCCUCCUUCCCCCGCAACUUGCUCGCCGGAGACGCCGAGGGCUCGCUCUCCAUCUACGAUGCGGACCCCUUCGUGCACCUCAAGACCGUAAAGAUUCACAAGAAGUCAGUAAAUUCUUUGUCCGUCCACCCGUCGGGGAAGCUGGCGCUGAGCGUCGGCCACGACGAGUGCCUGGCGAUGGUGAAUUUGGUGAGGGGAAGGCGCAGUUUUUACUGCAAGCUGAGCAAGGAGGCUUCGAUUGUUCAAUUUGAUGAGACGGGCGCAAAGUUUUUCAUGGUGUUGGAUGAAAAAGUUGGUGUUCAUGAAGCUGAGGACGCCCGGUUAAUUUUCGAGCUGGACAAUAAGAAGAGAGUACUCUGUGCUGCUCAUGGCAGGAAUGGGAUUCUGUUCACAGGUGGAGAAGACAGAAACAUUACAGCAUGGGACACGACAAGUGGGAAAGUGGCUUACGGUAUCGAGGAUGCUCAUGGGGCCCGCAUCAAAGGCAUUGUGGUGUUGUCGAAAAACAGUGAAGAAAACGAAGAUCCUUUCAUGGUGGCAUCUGCAUCUUCUGAUGGGGUAAUUCGCAUUUGGGAUAUGAGGAUGGCUUCUAAGGAGAAACCAAAGCCAUUAACUGAGGCCAAUACCAAAUCUAGGCUGACUUGCCUUGCUGGGUCGUCUGUCAAAUGUAGGUGUGUAUAUUCUUCCUUAUUUUUCCUCGAUUUUUUGAAGGGUGUGGGGAUUUUUCCAUAUUGCUGACUCAAUUUUGGGAGAUUAUUUGAUUGGAUUUUACGUUUUCUUUGAGAUUGCAACGAUGUAAUUGUUGUAUCUUUUGGAUUUUCUGAAAAGUAAUGAUGUUUGUGAUUUGUUAAUAAUAAUUUCGUGAGCAAGAGAUAUAGUGAAUCUUCGAUUUCGUGCUUAGUUAGUGAGCCCAAUUUGUGGGAGGCCUUAAGCCAAACUUUAACUUAAUGUGUCCCCUUGCGUUUCAGUUUAGUUCCUCAAUUGGUUUAUGUUUAAGACUAUGUUUGGUAAACCU